CCUCCUCCGCUCCCCAAUUUCUUGCUACACUCUCGCCUGUUUUGAGAGACUAUUAAAAAAAAAAAAAACAAUCAAAGACUGGAGAGACGAAGAAGAAGAUCUUUCCCUUUUUUGUUUCUGGAGAUACUAGUGUUUGGGACAAAGGCAUAAGAAGUUGCACUUCGUAACCCCUGAAAAGUUUUCAGAUUUACCCAAGGAAAUGGAGGUCUUUGGCCAAUGUAUGUUAGCCGUUCCUACAAAUGUUAUUUAUCUGUCGAGCAUUCUUGGUCAAGAUGGCCCAGACAGUGUCCACAAGUGUGACUGGAAAUGCGAGAAUGAACACAUAUGUGGGAACAUGUAUCGCUGCAAACUAACUGGAUUGACUCACAUUUGCGACAAAAACUGUAACCAGAGAAUUCUGUAUGAUAACCACAGCUCUCUUUGCAGAGUUAGCAGGCAGAUUUUCCCUCUAACCCCAGCUGAGGAACAGGCUGUGAAAGGUGUUCGGAGAAAGCUUGAUGCUGAGAGUUCUGCACCUGACAGCUGUGCUUUUAAGCGCAGGCGGGAUGCACAAUUUCAACCCUCCCCGUUUGAGAGAUCAUUCUCUGCUGUUGGUCCAAUCUGCAGUCAAGUUGGAGAUGGCAUGGAUAUGAGCUAGAGAUUAUGACUGAUUUGUUCAUGUCCCUUGUCUCUUUUCUGUGUUAGUUUUCUUUUUUCUGGGACUAGUAUUAAUGACAGAACUGAUAUGAGCACCUAAAUGGCAGACUUGACUGUCUUGCCUGUAUGUAGGAAGAAACUUAUAUUCGACUGUCCUUUAUUUGAGCGCAACUCUUUCAACACCUUAGUUCCUUUUUAGGAAUUUGGGUAAUAUUUAGUUGAGUUGCACUCUAUGCCCAAUCAAAUUUUGAACCUUGACAGGCUCAUGGUUCUAGUAGAAGAUAUAUUACUCUUUGUUUUGGUGGGGCAAUAAUGCAUGUAGCAUGUACUACUGCUCCUUUCCAAUAGUGCUUCUCCUUUGAUUCUAUUUUGGAUGUGCAUUUGUCUGGUUAAUGUGGGUUGGGAACGACUAUAUCUGUUUUCAGAACUGAGGUAGAAUGCAGAUAUUUUAAUCUUCUUUUCUCUGUGGAUCGGGGAUCUAUGAUGACUUGAUGAAAGCAAUUGCAUAUUUGCUCCUUAGUGUCAUUUUGCAGGAAGCCAGUACAACUGGAGCAUUUUAUUUUGCGAUCUUUUGAAACUUGCCUAUUAUAGAAUAUUUAUAUUUGACUUUAUGGUUAUGUCUGCUGUUUGAGGAAGGGGAUGAAUAUGUUUUUCAACAUUUAUCUUGCACUGUCUUGUGCUUUCCUCUUCUGCUUGUUCUGUGAAGUCAUUCCUGAAGUUUUUCUUGUUUUGCAGGGAUUGUGGGAUGAACAACUCUGGAGAAUUCUGAAUUAGCUUAUUUUGUUGUCAUACAUUCUUGCUGCAUAAGUUUAUUGUCAGGGCCUUGAGGUGUUAUCUGAUUGUGACUUUUGUUCUUUCUGGUGCAGGAUAAAACUUUCGUCUGUUGUGCGGCAUGUGGCGGUAAAAUGAUCUCUGUCUUGAGUCUGGAAUUCGGUACUUGCUGUCUUGCCACAUUAACCAGAUCCAUGAUUUCCUUGAAGAUAUGUUACUGGGCAAUAUCUGAUGACCUUGAACUUCAAGGUCAUCUUGAUGGCCAAUGUUCAUUAAUCUACUCAAUGGUUGAAGCACUUCAAGGCAACUCUACAUGUUUAAGAGUGAUGAACCUGUUAAAGCUUCAACCUCAAUCACCUGAGGCCUUGAUGCCAUCCUUUUGAAUUUUAGCUUGGACUUCAACUGUUUCCCUCUUACUGUAAAGGCUCUGGCAGCAUUUUUGGUCCUUCUUGUUGAGUUUUAUCAGUCCUGCUUAUCUGGAAGUGUGCACGUCUACUACUCUGGAAGCAUGCUGAAUGAGCUACUGUAGCUCUGGCACUUGAGAGUAAAAAAUAUUUUGACAGUUUGAACCUGAAUCUUGAGGUAGCUUCUAAGUUUCUUAUCCCGGUGUAACUAGAAUCUGAAUAUUGGUAGGUUUAGUUUGUAGGAUUCUACACGCUUAUGGUAACGUGUUUAUAAUGAGGCCCGUGAUCUGCUUGCUUUUUCUUGUUUGUUUAGCUGAUCCAGAAUGAUAUUCUUCUUUUUUUAAGGCUGUGUAAUAAUGGUUAUAUAACAGUCCUGGAUUUACGGAGUGUUGAGAUU